CAGAGCCGUUGGUGCAGAAGCGUUGUGGCGAUGCCCUGGCUCUGAUGAGGAGCGCCUGGCAGAGGAGUGACAGCCUUGCCCGGGGACGCGCCCAGAGAGAGCCCUGGUGCUGACGGACAAACAGACAGUUCUCUAAGCAGACUGACUGACUAGAGACGGACACUCGCAGACCCUCCUCGUCUUCUUCAACAUGCUGAGGAAGGGUUCGGAGUUGCUCCUGGCCACAGGAGGUGACAGGGAGGUGCUGCUCGAUCUGGAUUACGUGACGGGCAAUCGGGGCGAACCCCAAACCACAGACAGCUAUGGGAGUCUGCAGAACGGGGGUUUCAUCCCACCAAGAUAUCUUUCAGCUGCAGCGGCUUCUUCUGAUGAUAAUGACGAUGAUGAGGAUGACCCCAUCUAUAUACACUGUGAUAAAACGAGUAGCCGACCGGAACAACCACUAGGGGGGAACUACUUUAGAGAUGGAAGAACCAAAAUAGACUUUGUUCUAGUAUGGGAGGUGAAACCGAGAAAGCAUCGCUCCAGAUGGAGGGGCCAAUCUGAGACCAGCGGUCCGGAGGAGGUCGGAGCCAGGGCAGAGGAGGGGAGCAGCAGGUCUGAGCGGAGAAAGGCUCAGCUGGCUCGAUGGAGGAACAAAUUCACCCAAAACCUGCAGAAUGCCGGCAUACUGCUGGAAAAGGAGGAGAUGGCGAGCGAGAAAAAAACCAUCCAUUAUCUGAACCUGAGCGCCCCUUGGGAUGUGUUGGUGUAUUACGCAGAGGAGCUCAUUCUGAGAGCACCCCUACAGGCCCAACCGAACCCAAACUUCAACACUUCUGACCGGAUCCUUCGGAAACUAUACAUUCCCAACCUCAUGGCGGAGUCCCUGCCAAACAGGCCACUGGACUACUACACUUGUGCCUUUCGCAAGUCAAAGAUGGAGAAGUUCCUCGGCUGUGAGAACCAUGACACCUACUUUACUAACACACAGAGACACCGUAUAGUGUAUGAGCUUCUGGCGAGAACGGUGUACGGCAAGAGGAAGAGAGCAGAGGUGGGCGUGGCUCGACUGCUCAACGAGGGGGCAUACACUGCAGCGUUUCCCUUGCAUGAGGGCCCCUUUGAGCUUCCAGAGUAUGAGGUGCAUCCAGAUGAGCUGAACCAGAGGCAGGUCUUGUUCCAGUAUUGGGCCCGCUGGUCUAAAUGGUACAAGUACCAGCCACUUGACCACAUCAGAGAAUACUUUGGAGAGAAAAUAGCCCUUUACUUUGCCUGGCUGGGGUUCUACACAGCCUGGCUGCUCCCAGCGGCGGUGGUGGGGGCCUUUGUCUUUGUGUCAGGACUCAUGUCCAUGGGGACCAACACUCCUGCCAAGGAGAUCUGUAAUAGUGGGGGCAGCUACCUGAUGUGUCCUCUCUGUAAGACCUGCAAGCCCUGGAACAUGUCUGAUAUCUGCCCCAUGGCUAAGGUGGGCUACCUGUUUGACCACCCCGGGACAGUCUUCUUCAGUGUGUUCAUGUCCUUUUGGGCUGUCACCUUCCUGGAGUACUGGAAACGCAAGAUGGCCACCUUGGCUCACCACUGGGACUGCAUGGACUUCCAGGAGGAAGAGGAGCGUCCGCGGCCUGAGUUUGCGGCCAUGGCUCCUUCUAUAGAGUACAACCCAGUGACGGGAGUGAAAGAGCCCUACUUCCCAGAGAGGGCCCGGCUGUCUCGCAUGCUCACUGGCUCUAUGGUCAUCAUCAUCAUGCUGUGUGUGGUUAUGAUUUUCCUGGUGUCAGUGAUUAUGUACCGUGGAAUAGUGAGUGUGAUGAUGUACCGCACAGGCAGUUUUGUGCUGCGCACUCAGGCAGGGAACAUUGCUAAUAUUUCCAGCAGUAUGGUGAAUCUGGCCCUGAUUCUGCUGAUGGGGCAGGUCUAUACUGCGUUGGCACUGCAGCUCACUAAAUGGGAGAUGCACAGAACACAGACCCAGUAUGAAGAUGCAUUUACCUUCAAGGUGUUUGUAUUCCAGUUUGUCAACUUCUACUCCUCCCCCUUCUAUGUGGCAUUCUUCAAGGGAAGGUUUGUGGGUUAUCCUGGACACUAUGGUACCUUGCUUGGCAUGAGAAAUGAAGAUUGUGGUCCAGGUGGUUGUCUCAUUGAACUGGCUGAGCAGCUCUUCAUCAUCAUGGUGGGGAAACAGCUCAUCAGCAAUGUUCAGGAGUUUGUUAUCCCUAAGGUGAAGGCAUGGCAACAGAAGAGGGCGCUGAAUAAGGUGCGGGGAACGCAGAACUCCCAGGAGCCUCGGCGGUGGGAGGAGGACUAUCAGCUGGUGGAGUGCGAGGGCCUGUUUGAGGAGUACCUCGAGAUCGUGCUCCAGUUUGGCUUCAUCACAAUCUUCGUGGCUGCGUUCCCCCUGGCACCACUCUUUGCCCUACUCAACAACUGGGCCGAGGUGCGCCUGGACGCCCACAAGUUUGUGUGUGAGUACCGGCGGCCUGUGGCCGAGCGCGCUCAGAACAUCGGCGUGUGGUUUAACAUCCUGGAGGCCCUGUCGCACCUGUCCGUCAUCGUCAACGCUUUCUUGAUCGCCUUCACGUCGGAUUUCUUACCACGACUGCUCUACCAGUACAAGUUUGACAACGAUCUGAACGGAUAUGUUAAUUUCACUCUGGCCUAUGCUCCUCCCAGCUACACCAGCCAUCCCAUGUGCAGAUAUAAAGCCUUUAGGGACAACAAUGGAAAUUACACUCUGAUUUACUGGGAACUCCUGGCUGUGAGGUUAGGCUUCAUCAUCGCUUUUGAGCAUGUGGUGUUCAUUGUCCUGCGAGCAAUAGACUGGAUGGUGCCGGACGUCCCUGAGUCUCUGGGGCUGAAGGUGAAGAGGGAGCGCUACCUGGCCAAGCAGGCCCUGGCAGACAACCAGGAGGCCCUGUUGGUGAGUCAUCGAGGUUCGGCCUCCAGCCAAGCAAGCAACGCGUCCUUUGGCAACAUGAGUUAGAACGGUAGUGCUGAACUUCUGCACCAAGAGAAGCAGAACAGAUGGAGAGGAGGGGUAGAGGGAGAUAAGAGAUUCCUUUGCAUUUCAGGCCCCAUCAAUGGAUUUGUUUCCCUGUUGCUCUCCGUCUGUUGUCUAUGGUCAGUCUCUAGGUUUGUUUUCGGAAGGGAUGACUUAUCCGCAAAGGGCCGGUGUGGUUGCAGGUAUUUGUUCUAGCCAAGCUGUAACACAUCUGAUUCAAUGACCAACUUUUCAUUAAAACUUUGAUUAGUUUAAUAAGAUUUGUUACUGCUGGGCUGAGACAAAACCUGGCACCUACAGUGGCUUUUUGCUGGUAUUAUUGGCCAGAACGGCCACCACCUGGUUUUCAGUAUGUGAGAGUGGGUUUGUAUUAUUCCAUUUUUUUUCUUGACUAUUAGCAGAUGACUUGACCUCCUUCAACUCUGAUGAUUUGUAAUGCUCUCACUGUGUUAAAUGGACAAGCUUGAUUUACUCAAACAGUAAUGUUGUCUACACUUUUCUUCAGACAGCCUGCUCUGUUGUGUGUAGGUAUACAUAAAUAUUUAUAUAUGUGAAACUGGUCCUGCUUUUCUAUACUAUCACUACACUAUAUUUGUAUGGAGAUAAAACCCGAAACAUAUCUUGUUUAUCUUGUUGGUAUAAGAGUUACUGAUGUACUAUCAUAGGAUUGAAGUCCUCCUGCAUGUGUUACCUGUUUUGUGCGAACUGUUUUGCAUUUCAAUAUUAAUAAUGUUUACAUACUGUUUUAAUUACUUUAUAUAUAUAUACUGUAUUUUAGUAAUGGCUCAUCCUAUAUAACUACUGCUGUACACACAUUUAUAUUCACAUACUGUCCAUAAUGUCUAUACACAUCAUUCACAGACGCAUAUACAAUAUUAUUUAUAUUCCGGACUCAUUUCUGGAAGCUAAUUUCUUGCAAUUCUAUCCAUUUUCCUACGUGGUUUUGUACUGUGUACUUACAGUACAUAUUGUAUUCUUGACAUAGCUCAUUGUAGUAUUUAUACUAUUACAGUACAU